ACUACAUCAUCUACAGCGUAGAGGCGAAGGUCAUUGCAUCUGUUGUUGAAGAAUAUGGACCGUGUAUGUCCCUGUCCCAAAAAAUAAGAGUUAUCUCCUUUACAGGAAUUAUCUGACCAGUAUUUGAAUUAAAGCUACAAAGAUUGGAGCGAUUGUAGGAGGCCAGACCUCUUGCAAGGCCCCUGAGCUUGAAGCCUUUGAGAAGUAUCUCCCCAGUGAUGUGGAGAUAUUAUCGUGCCACUCACUCCAUGGACCAAAUGUCAACCCCAAGGGCCAGCCGUUGGUAAAUCCGACUCAACCCCAUUGAUUCGGCCAGAUACCUAGCUAAUGCGUAAUCAUUAGGUCCUGAUUCAACAUAGGGCAUCAAACCAAAGCUUGAAGUUCGUUGAAGAGAUCUUCAGGUCCUUCCAAUCCACAUACGUCUAUCUCAGUGGAGAAAUGCAUGAUCGGAUUACCGCAGAUACCCAAGCAGUCACGCACGCUGCGUUUCUGAGCAUGGGAACAGCAUGGCAUGCAAACAGCCAAUUCCCAUGGGAAGUUCCCCGUUAUGUUGGAGGGAUUGAGAACGUUAAAAUCAACAUCACACUGAGAAUAUAUGCAAACAAAUGGCACGUGUAUGCUGGUCUUGCCAUUCUCAACCCUGCUGCCAAAAAGCAGAUCAGACAGUAUGCGGAAUCAGUAACGGAGCUGUAUAAGCUGAUGUUGGGUGGCCACCGGGAAGAGUUGACAAAGAGAAUCAAGACUGCUAGAGCUGCCGUGUUCAAGAGCAAUUCAGCAAGGCAAGAUCUAUUACUCCAAGACAACGUCCUUGAUAGAUUUUCUCUAUCAAAAGGAGGCACAGAGAGGAUGCCGAAUAAUCACCUAAGCCUACUUGCCAUCGUCGAUUGCUGGUGGAAACUAGGGAUAGUCCCCUAUGACCAUAUGAUUUGUUCAACUCCUGUUAGUCUGACCCCUUCGCUUGCUUUUGAUAUAAUUUUACUGAAGUUGAGAACAACAGCUCUUCCGUCUCUGGCUAGGAGUUACAGAGUACUUGUUUCAGAACGAAGAACUUCUAGACGAAGUGAUUGACACCGCUAUAGAGGACAACACAUUCCGCUCUGAUGACCUUGAAUUUACCUUUGCAGCUCGAGCAUGGUCGGAAUGCGUAUCCUUUGGAGACUUUGAGUCGUACCGUGACAGGUUUGAGAAGAUACAGUCUUACUUUGCUCCUAGAUUCCCUGAAGCAGUCCGCGUUGGCAAUGAGAUGAUGAAGACCAUCUUGGAAAAAACGUCAAAGCCAUCCUGAGCCGCGACUGUGUUUGAAGACAAGGUAACAGGAUCCACAGACGGCGAAUGGCGCAGUGAUGUGCAAACGCAGCUUUUUUCCUACCAAUUCCUUGGCCAUGGCUGAAUGAUGCGCAGUCAUAGCCAAGCGCGUGGCAUUUCUCUUCUCCAGUCUGGGUAUACAGAAGGUUUGCUGGGCACGGGGAAUCCAUGUUUCAAUCUUCGUGUGCCGUCAGAAAUGUCUGGCCACCUUGACUCUCGUAGCUUGGCCUACCGUUUCUUUUCCAGCCCGGCAUAGCAUCAUAGAAUCCUAGAAGUGCAAUAAGCCCUUGACAUAGCCCUCUUUGCUUUAGCGUUUGCGGAGUUCUUUUCCAUUGUGUUUUUGACAUCUCUUUUUGCAGAUAGUAAUGACAACCGGUAUGGACCAAUUUGGAUAUCGCCUUGGGUUACCCAACUCUUCACCGGUAGCAAACUCCAAGAACGAUUCCUCACCAUCGCCCGAGCUGCCGGCUGACACCAUACUGCAUGCAGCAUUCGAAUAGAUCUCACUACUGGCACAUACACCAUACAUCUCUCCAAUUUUAGCUAGGCCUGUAGGGUGGUAUUCUCGUCAGCAUGACAAAUCUGGGCACAAACUUGGCUUUGACAUGCUACAUGCAUCUUCUCU